AUGGGACUUGUGGACAUCGUUGGACAGAGAUGGGGCUCAGAUAACCAAAAAUUCGUAGACAGCCCAAUAAUUGUGGAGGAGAUUGACAAAACCCUUACUUUGUUUGCCAAACAUAAAAUUCCUGGCUUGGAUGGCAUGCCCAUUGAAUGGCCCAUUCCUCCAUAUUACCGAUAUUUCUUGACAAUUCGUUUUGCCAUCAACGAAAUUAAUAAAGAUCCAACACUUUUACCAAAUAUGACUCUGGGAUAUCAUAUGUACGAUUCAUGUAAUGACAAUAGGAAAGCUGUGAAAAGCAUCUUACAGAUCUUAUCUGGACCAGGACAGACGGCGCCAAAUUAUUCCUGUAGGAAAAGCGGCAAGUUAAUCGGCUUUUUCGGGGAUCAAAACUCUGUAACUACAGUGAACAUGGCCCAGAUACUAGCCCUGUAUAGAUACACUCAGGUCAGUUAUGGUGCAACCACUUAUGUUCUCAAUAACAGAAAUAUCUACCCCACAUUUUUCCGGACAGUUGAAAGUAACCGGAGCAUUUAUUUCAUACUCUCGGGUCUUCUCCAAUACUUUGGCUGGACAUGGGUUGGAGUUCUCUCUUCUGAUGAUGACAGCGGUAAUGAAGAAACCCAACUUCUGACUCAAUAUCUAACCAUGAAGGGCAUUUGUGUUGCCUACAUGAUCAAGAUAAAGCCUGAAAUUUUGAGCGUUACAGAAAAUACUUUUAAAAAUAGUAUUGAGACCAUUAGAAAGUCGUCUGCUCAGGUUAUAAUUCUUUGUGGGACCUUUUCUUCAUAUAUGGCCGAUCUUUUAAAUGAAGUGCGCCAUGUGCUCUAUGAUAAGACAUUCAUUUAUGGACCAAUAUUUGCUUCUAAUACGUUUCUUAUGGAACAUUUCAGAGAAAUGCUUACAGGUAGUUUAACUCUAGAAUUUUAUAAUCUGCCUGUUCCUGACAUGAAGAGUUUUUAUGACAGUUUUCAGGUUGUGAAUCAUCCUCAGGACACGUUACUGGAACACAUAUGGCUGCUACAUCUACACUGUUCAGGAACCAAUGAGUCACGUAAUCGAUUUUAUAGUACGGUAUAUAAAACGUCUCUUCACAACUGCUCUGGGACUAAACGUGUCACUGAAUUCAUUAGUUUUCAAAACCCGGGUUUAACUGAUCGAGUUUAUAGAGCAGUUUAUUCAUUGGUUCAUGCUCUACACGACAUGUAUCUGUCUAUAGGAAGUCAGGCUCCAGAGAAGAUAACUCAGCUUUAUUAUUGGGUCAAAAAUCUGAAAAGCUCAAAGGGUGACCUACUUUUUAAAGAAAAUGGUGAACUUGUCACAUCGUUCAGAAUUAUGAAUUGGAGGUCUUUAAACAAAAGUUCUGUAAAUCAAAGACAAGUUGGCAAAACCUUAACAACAAACAGAUCUCAGAAGAAUUUCUUCAUCAUGGUAGAGAAUAUUAUCUGGAAAACUGAAAUGAAUAAGAUCCCAAAGUCUCAGUGUUCGGAGAACUGUUUACCAGGAAGCAGGAAAGUCCCAAGGUCCGGAAUCCAUGCCUGCUGCUAUGACUGUGUCCAGUGCUCAGAGGGAGAGAUAUCCAAUGUCAGCGACAGUGAAAACUGCCAGCAAUGCAGAUACGAUGAAUGGCCCAAUGAGAAGAAGGAUCGGUGUGUCCAAAAACGACUGGAUUUUCUGUCUUACUCUAAUGACUAUUUAGGACUGGUCUUUGCCUUGUUCUCCUCCGUUCUCUGUGCCAUAACUGGACUGAUAUUACUAGUUUUUAUUUCACACCAAGACACAGCCAUUGUAAAAGCCAACAACAACAACCUGAGCUUUACCCUUCUGGUCUCCAUCAUGCUGAGCUUCCUUUGUGUGUUCUUUUUUCUUGGACGUCCUGCUGAUAUAUCCUGCUUGUUACGCCAAAUCUCAUUUGGGAUCCUUUUCACUAUUGCCAUCUCUUGUGUCCUUGCCAAAACCAUCAUGGUCUGUUUAGCAUUUAAGGCCACCAAACCUGGCAGUCCGUGGCAACAUUGGUUUGGGACCAAAUUUUCUAAUGGCAUUGUCAUCUUAUGUUCAUCCAUUCAAGUCAUAAUUUGUGUCAUCUGGUUGUCCAUCUCUCCUCCCUUCCAGGAGCUGGACACCUCUUCUUAUCAGGACAAGAUCAUUGUUCAGUGUAAUGAAGGAUCAGUUAUUGGGUUUUAUUCUGUUCUUGGUUACAUGGGGUUUCUGGCAGCUGUGAGUUUUGUUCUGGCUUUCAUGGUGAGGACUUUACCGGACAUUUUUAACGAGGCCAAGUACAUCACCUUUAGCAUGCUGGUGUUCUGCAGUGUGUGGAUUGCCAUGAUCCCGGCCUAUCUGAGCACCAGAGGGAAGUACAUGGUGGCUGUGGAGAUAUUUGCCAUACUGAGCUCCAGUGCCGGGGUCUUAGGUUGUAUAUUUCUCCCCAAAUGUUACAUUAUCUUAUGGAGACCGGAACUGAACACUAAAACAAGUAUAAUGGAGAGAAGAGUUUUGUAA